CAUUGAAAUCAGCGUAUUUGUACAGAGCGGAGGAAAGCUUGUUUUUAGGCAAGAGCUCGUUUACUACAUCAAUGCGAGUAAUUCGUAUACUAAAAAAGUUUUGCUCGCGAGUUCAUCCGCAAGAGUCGAAUCUGUGAAUUUCCUGCCAACUUUACCGAACUGCGUUAAGUUCUGAUGUUGUUAUUAAUAGUGCAAGACGGACCAGGAGAUAAUAAUGUGAUUUCAUCUGCGAUACUUUGAGUAAUCGCACGUGUGUGUGAAGCUACACCAAAGAUUUCAUCUAGAGUCAGUGGACAUCAAACUGUUCAUAUCCAUCAUGGAUCAAACUCAGACAUCUGGAGAUAAAGAUUUGUUUCCAGGAAUCAGUUCAGUUUAUCAGAAGAGAUCAGAACCAGUGUCCAGCUGUGUGUCUAUGAAGAGUGACGCAUCUAUGAUUGAGCCAAUGAAGUUUAACAGUGGAGAUUCACAACCUAAACUCAGUUCAGUUUAUCAGAAGAGAUCAGAACCAGUGUCCAGCUGUGUGUCUAUGAAGAGUGACGCAUCUAUGAUUGAGCCAAUGAAGUUUAACAGUGGAGAUUCACAACCUGAACUCAGUUCAGUUUAUCAGAAGAGAUCAGAACCAGUGUCCAGCUGUGUGUCUAUGAAGAGUGACGCAUCUAUGAUUGAGCCAAUGAAGUUUAACAGUGGAGAUUCACAACCUAAACUGAGCUCAGUUUGUCAGAAGAGAUCAGAAGUAGAGUCCAGCUGUGUGUCUAUGAAGAGUGACGCGUCUAUGAUUGAGCCAAUGAAGUUUAACAGUGGAGAUUCACAACCUAAACUCAGUUCAGUUUAUCAGAAGAGAUCAGAACCAGUGUCCAGCUGUGUGUCUAUGAAGAGUGACGCAUCUAUGAUUGAGCCAAUGAAGUUUAACAGUGGAGAUUCACAACCUAAACUCAGUUCAGUUUAUCAGAAGAGAUCAGAACCAGUGUCCAGCUGUGUGUCUAUGAAGAGUGACGCAUCUAUGAUUGAGCCAAUGAAGUUUAACAGUGGAGAUUCACAACCUGAACUCAGUUCAGUUUAUCAGAAGAGAUCAGAACCAGUGUCCAGCUGUGUGUCUAUGAAGAGUGACGCAUCUAUGAUUGAGCCAAUGAAGUUUAACAGUGGAGAUUCACAACCUAAACUGAGCUCAGUUCAUCAGAAGAGAUCAGAAGUAGAGCCCAGCUGUGUGUCAAUGAAGUUUAACAGUGGAGAUUCACAACCUAAACUCAGUUCAGUUUAUCAGAACAGAUCAAAAGUAGAGCCCAGCUGUGUGUCUAUGAAGAGUGACGCAUCUAUGAUUGAGCCAAUGAAAUUUAACAGUGGAGAUUUACAACCUAAACUCAGCUCAGUUCAUCAGAACAGAUCAGAAGUAUGGCCCAGAUCUGUGUCAAUGAAGAGUGACGCAUCUAUGAUUGAGCCAAUGAAGUUGAACAGUGGAGAUUCACAACCUAAACUCAGUUCAGUUCAUCAGAGGAGAUCAGAAGUAUGGCCCAGCUGUGUGUCUAUGAAGAGUGACGCAUCUAUGAUUGAGCCAAUGAAGUUUAACAGUGGAGAUUUACAACCUAAACUCAGAUCACUUAAUCAGAAGAGAUCAGAAGCAGAGUCCAGCUGUGUGUCUAUGAAGAGUGAUGUGUUUAUGAUUGAUCCAAUAAAGUUUAACAGUGGAAAUUCACAACUUGGUCUCAGGCAUGAAAUCUUCAACACAUUUAGAUCAAAUCUGUUAAAGAAGUUUGCGUGUCUGUAUGAGGGAACAGCAAUGCAGGGAAACCCAACACUGCUGAAUGAGAUCUACACAGAGCUCUACAUCACAGAGAGUGAGAGUGGAGAGAUCAGUAAUGAGCAUGAGCUGAGACAGAUUGAGACACAAUCCAGGAGAGCAGCAACAGAGGACACAGCCAUCAAAUGCAGUGACAUCUUUACACCUUUACCUGGACAAGACAAAGCCAUCAGAACUGUGCUGACAAAGGGAGUCGCUGGCAUUGGAAAAACAGUCUCUGUGCAGAAGUUCAUCCUGGACUGGGCUGAAGGGAAAGAGAAUCAGGACGUCCAGCUCAUAUUUCCACUUCCUUUCAGAGAAAUCAAUCUGAUGAAGCACAAAACACUCAGUCUUUCAGAUCUUCUUCAUGUCUUCUUCCCUGAAACUAAAGAAAUGGAAAUAUCCAGUGAUGAUUAUAAAGUGUUGUUCAUCUUUGAUGGUCUGGAUGAGUGUCGACUGUCUCUGGACUUUAAAAACAAAGUGAAACUGUGUAAUAUAUCUGAAUCAGCCUCAGUGGACGAGCUGCUGAUGAACCUCAUUGUGGGGAAUCUGCUUCCCUCUGCUCUCAUCUGGAUCACCUCCAGACCAGCAGCAGCUGAUCUCAUCCCCUCUAGGUGUAUACAUCGAGUGACAGAGGUACGAGGCUUCAAUCAGCCACAGAAGGAGGAAUACUUCAGGAAGAGAAUCAGUGAUCAGAGUCUGGCCGACAGGAUCAUCUCACACCUGAAGUCAUCGAGGAGCCUCUACAUCAUGUGCCACAUCCCAGUGUUCUGCUGGAUCUCAGCCGCUGUUCUGGAGAAGAUGUUGAGUCCAGCAGAGAGUGGAGAGAUUCCCAAGACUCUCACUCAGAUGUACACACACUUCCUGAUCCUUCAGACCAACAUUAAACAUGAGAAGGACUAUGAGAAGAAUGUGACAAGUAACGACAUGAUCCUCAAACUGGGGAAACUGGCUUUCCAGCAGCUUGUGAAAGGAAACCUGAUCUUCUACGAGGAAGACCUGAGAGAGUGUGGCAUUGAUGUGACAGAAGCAGCAGUGUACUCAGGAUUGUGCACUCAGAUCUUCAGAGAGGAAUUAGGCUUGUAUCAGGGGAAAGUCUUCUGCUUUGUUCAUCUGAGCCUUCAGGAACAUCUAGCAGCUCUGUAUGUGCACCUAUCCUUUACAAUGAAGAAAAUCAAUGUGUUUGACCAAACCAAACAAAGUUUGUUGUCUAAAUUCUUAAACUGGAUGAAGUCAUUAUCCGAGUUGCAUCAGAGAGCUGUGGAUGAGGCUUUACAGAGUAAGAACGGACAUCUGGAUCUUUUCCUGCGUUUUCUUCUGGGUCUUUCGGUGGAGUCCAAUCAGACUCUCUUACAAAAACUACUGAAACAGACAGGAAGCUGCUCAUACAACAAGGAGAAAACACUUGAGUACAUCAAACAGAAGAUCGGAGAGAAUUGCAUUCCAGAGAAAUCCAUCAAUCUGUUUCACUGUCUGAAUGAACUGGGUGACGAUUCACUGAUGCAGGAGAUCCAAGAUUAUCUGAAAUCUGGAAAAAUAAGAAAAGCCCAACUCUCCACUUCACAGUGGUCAGCUCUGGUUUAUGUGUUGCUGACAUCAGAGCAGAAGAUGGAUGUGUUUGAUGUGAAAAAGUUUAGUGGAACAAAACAUAUAGCUGAUGAAGUUCUUCAGAAUCUGUUACCUGUGGUUAAAGAAUCCACAUCCGUUCAGGUAUGUGUAUGUAAUCUUACACCUCAAUCCUGUGAAAGAUUGUUUUCAGCUUUACAAUCCUCAAACUCUGUCAUGAGAGAGCUGGACCUGCGUGACAGUUACCUGGGUGAUUCAAAAAUGAAGCUGCUUUCUGAUGGACUGAAGAGUCCAAACUGUCAGCUGCAGAUACUGAGACUUUCCUUAUGUGAUCUUACUGCUCAGUCUUGUGAGGGUUUGUCUUCAGCUCUACAAUCCUCAAACUCUGUCAUGAGAGAGCUGGACCUGAGUAACAAUGACCUGCAGGAUUCUGGAGUGGAGCUGCUUUCUCAUGGACUGAAGAGUCCAAACUGUCAUCUGCAGAUACUGAGACUUCCCAUUUGUAAUCUCAAUGCUCAGUCUUGUGAGAGUUUGUCUUCAGCUCUACAAUCCUCAAACUCUCUCCUGAGAGAGCUCGACCUAAGUAACAAUGACUUGAGGGAUUCAGGAGUGGAGCUGCUUUCUCUUGGACUGAAGAGUCCAAACUGUCAGCUGCAGAUACUGAGACUUUCCUUAUGUAAUCUCACUGAUCAGUCUUGUGAGAGUCUGUCUUCAGCUCUACAAUCUUCAAACUCUGUUCUGAGAGAGCUGGACCUGAGUAACAAUGAGCUGAAAGAUUCAGGAGUGAAGCUGCUUUCUCAAGGACUGAAGAGUCCAAACUGUCAGCUGCAGAUUCUGAGAUUGUCUGGCUGUAUGGUGACAGAAGAAGGCUGUGGUUAUGUGUCUUCAGCUCUGAGUUCAAACCCCUCACAUCUGAGAGAGCUGGAUCUGAGCUACAAUCACCCAGGAGAUUCAGGAGUCAAGCUGCUCUAUGAAAAACUUGAGGAUCCAAAUUGCUCACUGGAUAAAUUCAAUGUGGAUCAUGGAGGAGAAUCCAGGAUUAUAGCAGGACUAAAGAAAUAUGCCUGUAUUUUCACACUGGAUCCAAACACCACACACACUCAACUCAUUCUGUCUGAGGAGAACAGAAAUGUGACGCGUGUGGAUGAGGAUCAGCCAUAUCCCGAUCAUCCAGACAGAUUUGAUUGUUUGUAUCAGGUGUUGUGUAGAGAGAGUGUGUGUGGACGCUGUUACUGGGAGAUUGAGUGGAGUGGAGACAGAAGUGUGUCUAUAUCAGUAUCAUAUAAGAGUAUCAGCAGGAAGGGAGAUGGUGAUGCAUGUUGGUUUGGAUACAAUGAUCAUUCCUGGAGUUUGAUCUGUUCCCGCUCCAAAUACUCAUUCAGACACAAUAACAUACAGAAUGAUCUCUCUGUGAAGCCCAUCAUCAGCAGUAGAAUAGGAGUGUAUGUGGAUCACGGAGCAGGAAUUCUGUCCUUCUACAGCGUCUCUGACACAAUGAGCCUCAUCCACACAGUCCAGACCACAUUCACUCAGCCGCUCUAUCCUGGGUUUAGGAUUACUUAUACUGCAUCAUCAGUGAAACUGUGUUCAUGAAUCAGAAGAGACUGACAAGAGAUUCUACCCAUAAUGCUUUGAAAUGCAUGAUAAAUCAGUAUCAAUGAGAGGUUAUAGAGUCUCUUCAUGACAUUAAUUCUGCAACUGAACUUCUGUGACAGAAAUAAAACUCAGAAUAAAUGUCAUGAGUCA